CACUAAAAAAACACAAAAAACAAAUAGAUAACACCGCUAGCGAGUCUCUCCCCAUUCUCACCAAAUCCCCCCCCUAAAUCUCGCCGCCGCACUUUCCUCCUCUUCCGCCGGCGAUCUCGUCUCCAUGGCUUCCACCGCCAGCAGAUGGCUGAGGCCCGAGGUUUACCCGCUCUUUGCUGCUACCGGCGUUGCCGUCGGGAUCUGUGCGUUCUCGCUCGUUCGACACAUCUGCAUCAACCCUGAAGUCAGGGUAAACAAAGAAGGCAGGGCUGCAGGAGUGCUGGAGAACUUUUCUGAGGGGGAGAGAUACGCUGAGCACAGCCUGAGGAAAUUUGUACGCAACAAAGCCCCGGAGAUCAUGCCAUCAGUCAAUGCCUUCUUCACCAAUCCAAAGUGAACUGAAGCCUAACAGCAUCUACCAUUUCUUUAUACGCGAAUAUUACUAGUGAUGUGCGGUUGAGUUGAGGGUGAUGCUAGGGCAAACUAGCUUUGAACCAUAUGAUUUGGCUUGUAGUUGUAUGAGUGCUAAAAUUUACAAAUUAAUCUGCUUGAUGAAUAAUUUGUACUGAAUAUUUGUGUGGUUUGCCUAUCUUGGAAACUACUCAGUGGGAAAUAACAUUUUCAUCUUUGCUUGUUCGACUC